GCCGGCACAAUCCAAAUCCCGCCCUAUAAAUAUGCCUCGGGAGCGGCAACCCGCCGAGCGAGAGCGCGAACGAGUCGAUCGAUCGAAGUCCAUUUCUUCGACCUCGGACGAGACCUCGACAAGAUUUGUGAUUCCGAUUGCUAUUGAUGGCCUCGAGGCGGAUUUUGAAGGAGUUGAAGGACUUGCAGAAGGAUCCUCCCACAUCGUGCAGCGCAGGCCCUGUGGCUGAAGAUAUGUUCCACUGGCAAGCAACUAUUAUGGGACCUAGCGAUAGCCCUUUUGCUGGAGGUGUAUUUCUGGUGAAUAUACACUUUCCACCAGAUUAUCCUUUCAAGCCACCCAAGGUGUCCUUCUGCACCAAGGUUUUCCAUCCAAAUAUUAAUAGCAAUGGGAGUAUAUGCCUUGACAUUCUAAAGGAUCAGUGGAGCCCUGCCCUGACUAUAUCAAAGGUGUUGCUGUCCAUUUGUUCCCUUCUGACAGAUCCAAAUCCAGAUGAUCCAUUAGUGCCUGAAAUUGCUCACAUGUACAAGACUGACAGAGCAAAGUAUGAGAUGACUGCCCAGGCCUGGACGCAGAAGCAUGCCAUGGGAUGAGUGCAAUUUGGUGCCUGGUAUGUCAGCAAACUAUGUGAUGUCUGCGAAGAAUGUAUUCUCUUGGUGUGUCUCAACAUAGUAGAUUUCUAUCUCCACCUUUACUGCAUUAAGUUUGCAGUACUGUUGUUAAAUUUGGUCCCAGUGUUGAAGCAUUCCUUGAUACUUACAAAUUGCAGAAUGCUUUUAGUUGAUAUAACUUCAAAAGUGGUUUUCUUUUCCUAAAAUUAAAAAAAAUUCUUCAGUGAA